AUGCGAAAAAUUGUCAGUAAAAAAAAGCGAAGAUAUCAACAAGAUGGUUUUGAUCUUGAUUUAUCAUAUAUUCGACCAAAUAUUAUUGCUAUGGGAUAUCCAGCUCAAAGUUAUGAAGGAGUUUUUAGAAAUAAUAUUUGUGAUGUUAGCCGAUUUUUAUCGUCAAAACAUGGCGAUAAAUUUUAUGUAUAUAAUUUAUGUGUAGAGAGUGAACGUCAAUAUGAUGGAUCAUGUUUUAAUAAUAAUGUAUGUGCAGAUUUUAGCUUUGAAGAUCAUAAUCCACCAUCAAUGAAAAUGAUUUUGGCUUUUUGUCAACAUGUUAAAACACAAUUAAAUUUAAUGACUGAUAGAACAAUUGUUAUACAUUGUAAAGCAGGAAAAGGCCGAACAGGUGUUAUGUCUUGUUGUUUUCUUCUUUAUUAUUAUCGAGAUGAAUUUAAUGAUCCAUUACAAACAUUAAGAUUCUAUGCUCAACAAAGAACAUCUAAUGAAAAAGGUGUUACUAUACCUAGUCAACGUCGUUAUGUUGAAUAUUUUGGUCAUUUACUUAAUAAUCAAUUAAUAUAUACACUUAAACAAAUUGUUUUUACUGGUCUAUUAAUAACAUAUGAACAAAAUCAAAUUCUUAAUUCAGGUAUUUCUUAUACACUUAGUUCAUCAAAUCAUCGAAUUCAAUAUCAAUCAUUUGAAAUUCCUCUUGAACGUGAUACAACUAUACAUCAAGAUUCAAUAGCAAAUUAUUCUGUAUUAAAUGCAACACAUAAACAUUUUAUUCCAUCAUCAAAUCAACAAUGUCAAAUACCAUUAGAAGAAGAUAUUUUAAUUGAAAUUUUUUUAACAAAAACUAAACGUGGAAAACCAGAAAAAUUAUGUCAUUUUUGGUUUAAUACAUUUUUUCUUGUUGAUCCUAAAAUGCAAUUUAUAUUAAGUAAUUAUAAUGGAAAACAUCCUGAAAGUAAUUUAGGUGUACUUAAUUCAUGUCUUAUACCUGAAUUUGGACAUAAACAUUUAUAUACAAUGAUAAAAAAAGAUAUUGAUGGAUUACAUAAAGAUAAAUUUCAUCGAUCAGUACCAGCAUCAUUUGCAGUUUCUGUUCUAUUUGAUUAUAUUCCUACAGUGUCUUCAACAUCUAGUCAACCUGAUUGA